UUGAUACCCCCUUCAAUGCAAAAAAAGGGAAAUCAAAAUAAUAUUUACCGAGCAUUGGGCACGUUUCGUAUUAGACGAAGGAAAGUAUAAGGAGAACGGUUGAUUUGAAAAUUCCUUAAAUUUUAUUUUGAGCUUUCCGAGUGGAGUUUGGCGCCAAGAGUGGAAACUAAUGACACAGAAAAUGGAAUCACUUUCAAAUCCAUUUGUUUCAGGGCGGAUAUGGUGGGCCAAUUGCAGGUCUUGCUGCAAAUUAAACUCCAGCCGGUAAUGAUGUCACGUGUCGAACAUGAUGUCAUCAAAUCGGGGUUUUUAUUGACACUUAACAGAUUUACGGGUCACUGACUUGUUGUUAUUUUUUGCGAGAGGAUUUUGUGUACAAACAUGAUUUUUAAAGGAGAUAUUCUUAAUGCGCAACAAAGGCACAUUACAAAGUGCUCUCGAACGACUUGAGUGAAAGCUGGGCUUAAAUUUCACAAAUGGAUCUUUUAUUAUUUAGAGGGGAUUAUUGGCUUAAGCAGGUAUACCAUUUAAAAGCCAAUUCUUGCAAUAAUUCCCUGCUGAAUACUUCAGCAGCCUACAGGUAAUUAGUAACCGAUCCUAAGCACGGUUUUCGCUCAGUUGCCGUCAGAACCUCAAAGGAAUAAAAUGUUCAGUUUGAAACAAUUCCUUUUUGCAACUUUGCUCAAGUUCGCAGUUGCCUCAUAUUUCGACGAAAACACCAGCGAAAUCCAGUGCAAGUGCGUCCCGCCGCAUUUAUGUGCGGAUAAUGAUGAAGGGACCAAUGGACAGGGAUUAUUGGAUAUCCGAUUCGAGGACGACUCUUGCCCCAACCAUUUCGACGUGUGUUGCGACACCCCCCUGGAAGCGCCCCCGUCCAAAAAGUGCGGUUUCGCCAAUUCCCAAGGCAUUGGCCCCCGCAUUACUUCCGAUUCGGAAACAGUGCAGUUCGGGGAGCUCCCCUGGACCGUGCUGGUGUUUGUGAGUCCAGAAAGCAGCGAAAAGGCGGCAUUAAUAUGCGGCGGCUCCUUAAUCCACCCCCAGGUGGUCCUAACUGCCGGUCACUGCGUCUCCGCCAGUUCGCCCGACACCGUGAAAGUGCGUGCAGGCGAAUGGAACAUCAAGAAGACGGACGAACCGUUCCCGCACCAGGACCAAGUUGUGAAGGAAAUCCUCGUUCACCCCCAGUACAAAACGGGGACUUUAUGGAACGACAUUGCUUUGCUUGUUCUGAAUCAAGCAUUUGUUGUGAAAGCAAAUAUCGGCUUCAUUUGUUUGCCGGCGGGAAAAUUAAAAGUUGAUGAGAAGCGGUGUGUGGCGAGCGGCUGGGGACGCAAAGCUACAGCGAGGGGAAGACUGUCGGCGGUUUUGAGGAAGGUGACGGUGCCGUUAGUUGGGAGGAAUAAGUGUCAAAAGGCACUGAGAGGGACCAAGUUGGGGAAAGCGUUCAGGUUGCACAGGAGUUUUAUGUGCGCCGGAGGGGAGAAGAAUAGGGACGCUUGCAAAGGGGACGGGGGAAGUCCCUUGAUUUGUCCCUUGGAGGAGGAAGGGAGGUUUGUUCAAGUAGGAAUUGUUUCGUGGGGGAUUGGAUGCGGAGCAAAUAAAACGCCAGGGGUUUAUGUCAAUUUGCCGAUGUAUACGGACUGGGUUGAUAGGCACAUGAAAGAAAGGAAUUUUUCAACGAGUUAUUACAAGUUGUGAACUGUUACACGAUUGUAUAUUUUUGU